AAAGCCAAGUUUGAAGCUAAGAAUACUGAGCUUGAAAUCAAGAAUGUUGAGUAUAUCAGAUUUAAAGCUAAAAUUGCUAAGCUCAAAGCUGAGAAUAUUAAAUAUAAUAGACUUAAGACUAGGAUUAUUGAGCUUGAAGCUAAGAAUACCAAAUUUGAAACUAAAUAUGCCAAAUAUGUCAAACUUAAGACUAAGAAUACUGUGCUUAAAACUAAGAAUGCAGAACUAUUAAA